CCAAAACAAUUCCAUCCGAAAGCUAAAACACGUCCGACGGUCCCGAAAUCUUGUUUUCCCGAAGCGUUUGCCCUUGAAGCGUUAUUAAAAACACACCAACAAAUGCAGCAAUAAAAAGGCUGCUGAUGCCCCCCCCCUCCCCAUCGGAAUCGACCUCCUGUCUUGUUAGCUCCAUUGUCACUCGGUAUGAGUUGGACGGCGAGGAGUUGCGUGCUUCCCCUCCUGAUGCUGUGCAUGUGGCGGCUGCAAGAUGGCGUCCAGGCCUGCAGCUGCUAUUUCACGCAUCCACAGGAGGAGUUUUGCCAAGCGGAUGUGGUCAUGAAGGCAAAGGUGCUUGCAGGGGAGGGUCAAGUGGAUGCCGGUUUCUAUGGCGUUUACAACAACGUCAAGUAUGACAUUAAACAGAUCAAGAUGUUGAAGGGCCCUGAUGUGGAGUUUGAUGCCAUCUAUACUCCGUACAGCUCUGCAGCCUGUGGAGUGGCUCUGACCAAUGGCGUGGAGUAUCUUAUCACAGGCAGACUAGCAUCUGGCGGGUUGCUGCACGUGAGUGUCUGCAACCUGAUUAGACCAUGGUUCAAAGUGAGCGCCGCCAUGAAGAUGAACGUAGCACAGCUCUAUCAAAAGGGCUGCAAAUGCCAGAUCACCCGCUGCUACUCCUUCCCGUGCGGGGGCAGCAACCCUGCCGAGUGCUUGUGGACGAACUUUAUUAUUUCAGUGGACGGGCUCGCUUGUAUCCAGAGAAAUGAUGGAUCCUGUGCUUGGUACAAACGAGCCAACUCGGCUAUCAAGGGUUUGAUGGACAAGAAAUAUUAA